AUGGACACCAAGGGCAAAGUUAUUAAAUGCAAAGCAGCCAUUGCCUGGGAAGCCGGAAAGCCCCUUUGCAUUGAAGAGGUUGAGGUAGCUCCCCCCAAGGCUCAUGAAGUUCGAGUUAAGAUAAUUGCUGCUAGUGUGUGCCAUUCUGACACCUAUGGGAUCAACCCUGCACUGAAGGAGGCCCAUCUCCCAGUUAUCAUUGGCCAUGAGUGUGCAGGAAUUGUCGAAAGUGUUGGGCCAGGAGUGACCAACUUCAAACCAGGUGACAAAGUCAUUCCCCUUUAUUUACCUCGUUGUAGAAAAUGCAAGUUCUGCCAGAGUCCACUCACAAAUUUUUGUACAAAGUUCAGUGAACUGAAAACCCCUAUCACUGAACAAGAACUAAUGGAUGACAAAACCAGCAGGUUUACCUGCAAAGGAAAAUCCAUUUACCAUUUCCUAGGAGUCAGUGCCUUCUCUCAGUACACUGUGAUAAAAGAUAUUAAUCUUGUCAAAAUAGAUGAUGAUGCAAAUUUACAGAGGGUUUUUCUGAUUGGAUGUGGCUUUUCUACUGGCUAUGGUGCUGCAAUCAACGAUUCCAAGGUCACCCCUGGGUCUACCUGUGCUGUCUUUGGCUUAGGAGCUGUAGGUCUUUCUGCUAUAAUAGGUUGUAAAACAGCAGGAGCUUCCAGAAUCAUAGCCAUUGAUAUCAACAGUGACAAAUUUGCAAAAGCCAAAGCCCUGGGAGCCACUGACUGCCUCAAUCCUAAAGAACUGAAUAAGCCUGUCCAGGAUGUCAUUGUUGAAAUGACCAAUGGAGGUGUGGAUUUUGCUAUUGACUGUGCAGGUGGAUCAGAAGUCAUGAAAGCAACUGUGGAAUGCACAACGGUAGGCUGGGGAUCCUGUACUUUUGCUGGAGCCGGUUUGACUGACAAAGGAUUGACUAUUUCUCCAGUGGAACUAAUAAUAGGCCGUACCUUAAGAGGAUCAAGUUUGGGCGGUUGGAAUGUAGACACCAUCUCAAAGCUGGUUUCUGACUACAAAAAAGGGAAAUUUGAUCUGGAUGCAUUGGUGACCCACACCCUGCCAUUAGAAAAAAUUAAUGAGGCACUGGACCUGCUGAAGCAAGGGAAAAGCAUCCGAACCCUCCUGACCUACUGAAGAUGUCUGGAGCAAUCUGAAUACCAUGUGACUGAAUAUGAACCUGCCGAAUUGAUACCUAAAAUAAUUAACCAAGGAUAUUUACAGUAAUGUCUCAACAUGAAACAGCUAUUAACAUACAGCAUUUGUCACCAUGAAAUAUGCUAAUGAUUUC